AUAAACAAUUAUUGUGUGGUAUCCUACUACUCAUAGAUUCAGUCUCUUCCUUACAUUAGGGUCUGCGGAUUUUUGUUUGGUAAACCUUUUUUUCUUUUUCUUAAUCGGAAAAUGGAGGCUGCCACUGCUCCAAAUCCCGCCUUCACCGCCUUCCCUUCAUCACAAACCCCAAAACCCUUUCUCCGUUUCGCUCUCCCAUUUUCUCCACUCCCAAACGCCCCCUUACACUCCCAACGUCGUUCUCUCAAACUCUCCCGCGCUAUCUCCGAUGCCGCCGCCGCCGCCAAAUCCACCGCCGCCGAACCCUUCGCAUCGCGCUUCGGCCUCGAGGAGCCCCGCAAGGGCGCCGACAUCCUCGUGGAGGCGCUUGAGCGCCAGGGCGUCAAGGAUGUUUUCGCGUACCCGGGUGGAGCGUCGAUGGAGAUCCACCAGGCGCUCACGCGUUCCGCCACCAUCCGCAACGUGCUCCCGCGCCACGAGCAGGGCGGUGUGUUCGCCGCUGAGGGCUACGCGCGAUCCUCCGGCCUCCCCGGCGUCUGCAUCGCUACCUCCGGUCCCGGCGCCACCAACCUCGUGAGCGGCCUGGCCGACGCCCUCCUCGAUAGCGUACCCCUCGUUGCCAUUACCGGUCAGGUCCCCCGCCGCAUGAUUGGCACCGACGCCUUCCAAGAAACCCCCAUCGUUGAGGUAACACGUUCCAUCACAAAGCAUAACUACCUCGUUCUCGAUGUUGAUGACAUUCCUAGAAUCGUCAACGAAGCGUUUUUCUUGGCCACCUCUGGAAGACCUGGCCCUGUGUUGAUUGAUAUACCUAAAGAUAUUCAGCAACAGCUUGCCAUUCCUAAUUGGGAUCAACCGAUUAGGUUAACUGGUUACAUGUCUAGGUUGCCUAAAUCUCCCAACGAGAAGCAUUUGGAGCUUAUUGUGAGAUUGCUUUUUGAAGCUAAGAAACCGGUUUUGUAUGUAGGUGGUGGUUGUUUGAACUCUAGUGAGGAAUUGAGGCGUUUUGUUCAGCUCACUGGUGUUCCUGUUGCUAGUACUUUGAUGGGCCUUGGUGCUUAUCCCAUUGCUGAUGAAAACUCUCUUCAGAUGCUUGGGAUGCAUGGGACUGUUUAUGCUAACUAUGCUGUGGAUAGGUGUGAUCUUUUGCUUGCCUUUGGGGUUAGGUUUGAUGACCGUGUCACUGGGAAGCUUGAGGCUUUUGCGAGCCGGGCUAAGAUUGUCCACAUUGACAUUGAUUCGGCUGAGAUUGGGAAGAACAAGCAGCCUCAUGUGUCGGUUUGUGCGGAUUUGAAGUUGGCGUUGAAGGGGAUUAAUCAUGUGUUGGAGAGCAGAGGGGCUGGGGGGAAGCUUGAUUUUAGAGGUUGGAGAGAAGAGCUGAAUGAGCAGAAGCGGAAGUUUCCUUUGAGCUACAAGACUUUUGAGGAAGAAAUUUCUCCUCAGUAUGCUAUACAGGUGCUUGAUGAAUUGACUAACGGAGAGGCUAUUGUGAGUACUGGAGUUGGGCAGCACCAAAUGUGGGCUGCUCAGUUUUACAAGUACAAGAGGCCUAGGCAGUGGUUAACAUCUGGUGGUCUUGGUGCCAUGGGGUUUGGAUUGCCGGCUGCCAUGGGUGCUGCGGUGGCUAACCCGGGCGCUACUGUGGUUGACAUUGAUGGUGAUGGGAGUUUUAUCAUGAAUGUUCAGGAGUUGGCCACUAUCAAAGUGGAGAAGCUCCCAGUUAAGAUAUUGUUGUUGAAUAAUCAGCACUUGGGUAUGGUUGUUCAGUGGGAGGAUCGGUUCUACAAGUCUAACAGAGCUCACACAUAUCUGGGAGACCCCUCUAAUGACAAGGACAUAUUUCCAAAUUUCUUGAAGUUUGCGGAUGCUUGUGGGAUACCAUCAGCUCGUGUGGCCAAGAAGGAAGACCUUAGAGCGGCAAUUCAGAAAAUGUUGGACACCCCUGGUCCCUAUCUUCUUGAUGUCAUUGUGCCCCAUCAAGAGCAUGUCUUACCCAUGAUUCCUAGCAAUGGAACCUUCCAGGACGUGAUAACUGAGGGUGAUGGCAGGACAAGUUACUGAUUUCGUAAGCAAAUUUAGCUUCAUGGUGGUUUUGUAAAAUUAUAGUAAUCUGUUAGCUUUUGAAGUUUGUUGUUCAUGCUGGGCAACUAAGAUAGGCUGCUUGUUUUUCCGUACAAGGUUCCUUCCUUUUACUAAAUAUAUUUGUCUCCCACUGAUAAUCAGUGCUAGCAGUAUUCUUUUUUGUCAAUCAUAUCUACCUUCAGUUAGUUGGUUGAUUGUCACUGAAACUGUAUUGAAAAAUACCAUUCAUGGUUGCUUAUUGAGGAAAUUACUAGAAAUCAAUCAAUAUUUAGAAGCA